AUGGAUAUAAAUAACAGACACGUUUGGUCACUUUUUAGUCGAGUUAAGAAAACUGCACUGUACGCUCUCGCAAAUGUCGUGUGUACUGUACUGCAGACACGCUUCCCAUCUUCCUGGCAGAACGUGCGCACACUCCCUCUUCUCACCCCUCCUAACCGUCCAUCUCCUCACCCCACUUCUCCCGCCCAAGCGCAGCAUCCACCUGCGCCCUGGACGACGGAGUGGAGGGGCGCUCAUGUCUCUAACUCCCCUUCCUCCAUCUCCACCUCUUCCCCCUUCUCUCCCUCAAACAAACAAUGCCUCCCCGCCAUGAGUGGCGUCCACCACUCCCUGGGUAACGGAGUGUCUCAAACGUCUCCAACUCCCUCUCCUUGCCCACCCUACCAGAUCCCGUGCCCCCUUAACUCCUCCCGCCCCCCCUUUCCCCCUUACCUCCUCCCGCCCACCCUCCUCUCCCCCCACCCCACCAACGCGCAGCCCUCCAAUGCGCCCUGGGUGGCGGAGUGUUGCUUAUGUCUCGUAUUACCUCUUCCCUCCAAUCCUACCCAUGCCCCCGCUUUUCAUUUUCCCUUGCCCCCCUCCCUCCCACCCGUUGCCCCCCUUUUUCUCCUGCCCGUUCGCAGCAUCCAUCACUCUGGCGACCAGGUGUUGCUCAUGUCUGUAGCUCCCUCUUCUCUUCCCACCCACCGUUCUUCUGCUCGCCUCUCUCCAAUCCCGCUUCCUGCUUUUCCCCGUCGCCCCCGACGCAGCAUCCACCACUCCAUGGGCGACGGCGUGUCGCUCAUGUCUCUCCUGCUCGCCUGCACCCGCCGCACCGACAACUCCGCCCUCCUGCCCACCCUCCCCACCGCCAAGCGCCAGACCGGCUCCCAGCCCAGCAGUGCAGCUGCAGCUGCAGCGGUGGAGGUGGAGGAGAGUGAGGAGCUGCGGAAGCAGCUGGAUGACGUGGGAGAGCCCGAGAAGGAACAGUUAAAGCCCGGGAAAGUACACAUGCCGUCUGCAGCAUCGGCAUUCACGCUUGACUCGAUGACUGAAUCGCCGUUUGCCCCAGACCCAGUCGGGCAGGCAGCAGCAGAAGCAGCAGUACCUUCAGAAAGGGUUACAGCAGAUGCGGGUGGGAGUGUGGGUGCGGGUGGUGGGGGUGCCAUGGGGAAAGGGGCAGGGGCGGCAGGAAAGAGAGGGGGAGUGGGAGGGUUGGUGGGUGUGGGGAGGUGGAUGUGGCAAGUGAUAGCUGUGUUGGGGAACACGCUGUGGCACGUGUCAACGUUCAUGGCUGUGCUGCUGUGGCGCGCUGAUACUGCCACCUGUGUCAAGAUGAAGUCGGGGAGUGGCGGCGCGCAGAAGAAAGGCGGAAAAGGGAGCAGUGUCGUGCUGCAGCACCCGGAGGAGGGGAGAGGGGAGGUGCAGACUGGGGGAGGGGAUGCUGUGGGAGGGGAUGGGAGUGGAGAUGGAGGAGGGGGAAGGUUUGUGUUUGGAGUGAGUGGGCCGAUGAGCCUGACUGACAUUUCGAGGGUCAGACGAGCCUUUGGUGCGACCAUCAACGAUGUGAUGGUGACGGUAAUCUCAGGGGGACUCGACCGUUACCUGCGCCACCACCACGAGCAGCAGGCAGAGAGAGCAGGAGAGCCUACCCCAGUUGCCACCUCCCCACUGCCUACCACUGUUCGCCUCAGCGCUGUCUGUGUUGUCAACAUCCGCCCCGCGCCUGGGCUUCAGAUCUCCCCUCUUUUCCCCUUCCUUCCGCUCUCCUCCUCCCCCUUCCAGGAAAUAUCCUCCAUGCUUGCUGGUCGAUCCAAGGCGCGCUGGGGCAACUGCCUCGGAACCUUCCUGCUGCCCCUGCCUGUGCACUCGCCGGUACUCACCAACGGCCUGCCGACUAGAAACGGCAGCAGCGACAGCAAGAGCAGCAACGGCACGCAAGGGGUGAAUGGAAUCCCCAAGAGCGAGCAGGCGGCAGGGGAGGCGGAGGGAAUGGUGCAGAGCAAAGAAGGGGGUGCAGCAGGGGAGGUGGAGCAGCGGCGGCUGCGCAUGGUGGCGAGCAUGUGUGCGUCCAAGCGGCAAUCUCUGGAGGCUCAUUACAACUAUGUCAAUGCGAGACUCGUGCUCGCUACUGCCGGCAUGAAGUCAGCGUGCACGCUGAUGGGACGCCUGCUGGACCAGACAACCCUCUCCUUCUCCAACAUGAUGGGGCCCGUGGAGGAAGUGAGCCUGGGGGGACAUGCCAUCGAGCGGAUCAGCCCCACCGUCCUGGGACAGCCACAUGCACUCACGCUGCAUUUCCAGACAUACAAUGGGGCGGCACACAUAGUCCUCUCAGCCAUCAGGGAGAAUGUGCCGGAUCCAGCCUUCCUCAUGCGCUGCUGUGAAGACGCCUUUGCUGCUCUCCAGGCAUCGAUGUCCCCCGCGCCCUUGGAACGCGCGCGAGUCACGACCCCAUCUGACGACGACGAGGAUGAUGAUGACGUGGCGGAUGACGACGAUGACGUGGACGAAGAUCGCCGCAUGGGGCCGCGGCUGCCACGUCGCCCAGCGAGAGCCGCAGGAUCCACCGCGCGGGGGACGGCUGUAGCGCCGGAGAUGACUGUAGCGGAUCUGGAGUUCCCAGGGUCGCUGCUGGGGACGAUCAUGGACGGGUUGGGCAAGUGGCCUUGGACGGUUUGGCCUAACCACAUGCGCUCCUGCCUCGCUGCCGCUGCUCGCAUACUCCACGCUGCUACUCCCGCUGCUGAUGCUGGUUCUGGUGCUGCUGCUUCUGCUGGUGCGGCUGGUGCUGCACCUGUCGCAGCAGACCCGGACGAGUCAGGUCCUAUAGUGAGUCCCGCGGUGCGAGCAGAGGCGCAGCGGCUGAUGCGACGCGCUGUGCUGAAGCGCAAGCUGGCGACGCUCUUCAGGGAGGCCGCGCCUAGCCUGUUUGAGAAGUGCCUGGACGACCGCGCGAUCUGGAAGUGGGGACGCGACGUGCAUGGGAAUAUCUUCGAGGCGUUUGUUUCCCUUAUGGAUGUGAUUGUACUGAAGCUGCUUGAGUUGAUUAUAGUGAGGGAGGCUCUGGCGGAUGCAGCGGCUGCUGCGGCUGGAGAAGGAGUGGUGGGUGGAGGGGAGGGGGACGGGCAGGGGGAGAGAGUGAGGGAGAGGAAGGAGGAGGUUGAGGAGGCAGAGAGGAGGAGUGUGGAGGUAGAAGAGGAGAUAGCAGCGCUUCUAACAGCCAUGGCGCAGGGAUGGGACAGCACAUGUCAGUUUCACUGCAAACACAAGAACGAGCAGCUGCCACGUGUUGCGCCGCGAUUGGACCGCCCGUGCUUCUAUGCCAUCUCCCUGCCCCUAGACCCCGCCCCAAUCGGUCCCUCCCUCCCCGGACUCCCUUCCCCCGGAUCCCAGGCGGCUGGGGGGAGGAGAGGCGGGGGGGAAAGGGGGGAAGAAGGGGAGGGCGGAAGCGUGGGCUCGCACCAGUGGCUGGUGCGGUUUCUGAACUACUUUGGGCAGACGGCGUAUGGGAAUGGGUAUGGACGCGUGGUGCAGGUGCUUCUGAGGCUCAUGUUGGGGUUUGACAGGCAGAUCGAAGCACAUGCUGCUAGGUUAGGAUCAAUCAGACAAGAGCACGAACGGCAGCAACGGCACAAGUGGCAGGAGCAGCAGGGACGGCAGGAGGGUUUCGUGGGCAGGAAGGCGGCAUUACCACCCUCAUCGCCGUCCCCACCUCUUCCCCGCAUCCCCUGGCCACGCAUGCCUCUGGUGGCUGUAGAGGCACUGCUGCGCCCCCUGGCAACGGCAGCAGAGUUCCUCACCCCUCACGUCGGCAACAUGCUGCUGCAGGUAGAGGUGCUGCUGCGACCCCUGGCAACAGCAGCAGCGUUCCCCACUCCUCACGUCGGCAACAUGCCUGGUGGUGGUGGUGGUGGUGGUGGUGGUGGUGGUGGUGGUGGUGCUGGUGCUGGUGGUGGUGGUGGGGGUCUCAUCAUGCCUCAUCCCUCAGAGCCGUCCUGCCAGUUAGACAAGAAGGCCGUCCUGCUGGCCAUAACCGGCAGCGCUGCAUCAGCAGAAAUCACAUGGAUUCACUCAACGAGGGGCCCAGGGACGGCUCCUUCCAGUGCCUCUCGCUCACCCUGUUCCCCCUGCCCCCUCCUCCCUCUCUCCCUCACCCUCUCUCCCUCACCCUCUCUCCCUCACCCUCUCUCCCUCACCCUCUCUCCCUCAAGCAGUCCUCUCUCCCUCUCUCUCUCUCCCCCUCCCUCCCUUCCCCACCCCACCCACCAGCCCUGCAAGGAAUUGCUGCUGGCCAUAACGCGGUGCAUCGGCUACCACAUGGAAUCUCUCAACGAGGGCCCCCGGGACGGCUCCUUCCAGUGCCUCUCACUCACUCUGCGCCACGUUCGCGCGCUGCUCGCCCUGCCCUCCUCUGCUAGUAGCGUUCGCGACAUUCUCUUUGACAUUAGUCUUGCGGAGGCAGAGGAGGAAGAAGAGGAAGAAGAGGAAGAAGAGGAGGAGGAGGAUGAGGAGGAUGCUGAUGUUGAUGAUGUGGAGGUGGCAGCAGAGGCAGUAGUGGGGACGGUGCAGAGGCUCAUGGUGAAGCGCAUGCUGGGAGCGCCAUCGUUCAGCAAGCAGUUAUCGGCGGCCAGGGAGAUCAACCGCAUGCUCGAAAGCUCAGCUGCUCUGAAGAUGAGUGGGGGUGGUGCAGAGGCGCAUGGUGCUGCAGCGCAUGCUGGGAGUGCCAUCGUUCAGCAAGCAGCUGUCAACAGCUGUCGGCUGUUGAUGGGUGUGUGUAUGGGGCAGCAUGGGAGAGCAUGGGACAAGGGAGCAGCCUUGAGAUCAACAAUCAAUUGGCUGGAGGCCAAUAAGAUUCUGCCACUUGUCCUGCGCUCCAACCUGCACCACAAGCAAUACGUGGACCAAGUGGUAAAGAUCAUGAGGGCGCUGCUCAACCAGCGCCGCCUGCUGGGGAAGCACCUGGAUGCCGUGUGGGCCGCCACUGAGAAGCCCGACCAGUUUGAAGCGGUGAAGAACAACAUUUUCGAUCUGCUGGCGGAGCUGGCCUGGUCCUUCUCAGACGAGCAGCUCGACUCGCUCUUCUCACGCCUGCAGCACAUCCAGGGUCGCUCAGCGGCAGAUAUAGCGAAGCUGAUGCAGCUGGUGAAGAAGCUCGCGCGGUCCGACACCCGUGGCGUCAUGGCCUCCAGGCUGCUGCAGCUUCUCUGGACACUCGUAUUCGACCCGCCUCACACCCAUGCAGUCCCAACGUCAGGGUCAGCGUCAGCAUCAGCACCAGCAUCAGCAGCAGCAUCGGCAGCAGCAUUGGCAGCAGCAGCAGAUGUUGCAUCAGUGAACGUGCUUGAAUCGAAGGCCCUCACGGAGGUGUUGGGCCACUAUGCUUCUGUUGGGUGUGCUAAUAAAGAGGAGUACAUGCAACGCUGCCUACAAGCCAUCUCGCGGGAGGAGAGUGUCAUACCAGCCCUCCAGCUGCUGCGAGAGAUCAUCUCUCUGCACCCCAACCCCGCUCCACCUGCUGAGGAGCAGCAGAUGCUGCAGGCUCAGCUGCAAUCGCUGAAUGCAAACCACGAGCUCGAGUACACUGUACUGGGCAGUCUACAGACCUACAAGGGCCUGGCCCGCUCCAUGUUCGCCUCUGCACGCUCUGCCUCCCCCCACCAACCACAGCCCAUGACUGCUCCAAGCAAACCUCUUCCAGUCAGCCCCGUUCCACCCAGCAGCAGCAGCCCACUACCAGUUCCAGACGCCAGCGUCUUGGCCAGCAGUGACGGCAGUCCCAUGCAUGGCGUGGUGGUGGCGGAAGAGGUGAGGCAGGAGUGCCGUGGCGGUGGGGUUGCGGCAGAGGAGGAGAGAUCGUCGCCCGCUAUGGACUGUGACGAGCCGCAAGGGCAGCAGCAGCAGGAGGAGCAGCAGAAGCACGGGCAGGAGGGGCGGCAGCAACAGCAGCAGUGCUCGCAGCAGCAGCAGCAGCAGCAGCAGCAGCAGCAGCAGCAGCAGCAGCAGCACGUGCAGCUGCAGCGGCAGUUGGAGCAGUGCACGUUGGUGGAUGGCAGGCACUCCCACCGCGACAACAUCACUGCCCGCCUCUCCUUCCUCCUCUGGGCGCUGCAGGUGCUUGCUUCCCCUCUUCUUUUCGUCAUCCUUUCGUCGAGAACUACGGGCGGGCGGCAUGGAGCUACAGACAGAGGGGCUGGGGCAGGCGGCAUGGAGUUACAGCCAGAGGGGCUGCGCGUGAUAUGGACGGAGCUAGUGGAGCACCCAGCGUGCCCUGAGGACCGCCAGCUGGCGCUGAGGUGGCUGCUGUUCCACCGCAUAUUCAUCAGCAUCAACACAGCAUCAGGCGUGCUCGCAGUCACCUCAGCAGCACCCGGAGCAACACCAGCACCAGCAGCGACAGCACUGCCAGUAGCAGUAGCAGGGGCAGCAUCGGCAGGCGCGGGCGUGCAGGUGGCAGUGGCGGGGGACGUGGGGCAACUGAAGGGAGUGGACCUCGUGUGGUCACUGGCUCUCCGCUGCCCCUCUCCUGCCAUCUGGCAACCCUGCAUCCAGCUGCUCAGGGACUUACAUUCAUCCCUUGUAGCUCCGGAGAAGGUGGCAGUGGCAGGAGACGUGGGGCAGUUGAAGGGAGUGCAGCUCGUGUGGUCAUUGGCUCUCCGCUGUCUCUCCCCUCACCUUCCUUACUUGCCAACCCUCUCUACCCCCUCCCUCCAGGCCAAGCUAGUGGCGGUACGGCAGAGCUUCAUAGGCGAGUGCAUGCUCUCCCCUCCAUUCCUCCCCACCAACCCCAUUUUCCCCUUACCCCUUCCUUCCUGCCCAACUUCUCCUAUUUUCCAGGCCAAGCUGGUGGCGGUGCGGCAGAGCUUCAUAGGCGAGUGCAUGCGGCGCCUUGCUGCUGCGAUGCAGCAGCUGGAGGGAGGGACAAGUGCGGGGUAUAACGGGCAGAUGUUGGGAGGGCAUAACGGGGACGUGAAAGGGAGAAGCGCAGGAGGAGUGGCGCCCACUGGGAGGGAUGCGCUGCCCAUGGAAACGAGUGCGGAGGAGAGUGAUGGCGGGGAGAGGACGGGUGAUGCAAGGGAUGGCGGCGGUGAUGAUGUGGCAAUGGCUGGACAGGAGGAUGAGGGUGGGCUGGAAGCAAGGGAGGAGAGGGAGGUGGGGGGUGCAAGGAGUGGGGAGUUGAACGGAGAAGGCACAAGGGGUGGCGAGGGUGGCAGGGGCAGCAAGGGUGGCAGUAGUUUGGAAGGGCAAGCUUCAGCAGAGGAGCAAGCACAGCGCUGCCUUUUGCUCUUGACACAAUUCCUCACGCGCUGUGAGGCCAGCUGUCCCCGCAGAGUGCCGCCCCACGGCGCCUCCUACCAGGGCAGGCCGUUUCAAGUGGAGGUGACAGUGGCACACAGCAAACAUGUGAACUUCUUUGUUCACACGCAUGCAAACGAGUACCUGCGCUUGCUGCGACUCAAGGUGGCCCACAAGCUCGAGUGUGACUUGGCGCGUGUGCGGCUGCUAUUGGACGGCCAUGAGCUGCUCUCUGAUUGGCUCGUGCUCCGGCAAUGCGGGAUCACGGACGGGCGGCGACUCAUUGCUUCUGUCAUGCUGAAUCCCCGACCUCGCAGCAGGCAGCAAGGGGAGGGAGGGGAGGCAGAGCUUCCGGGAGUGCUCAUGGCACGACAGGGGGAGGUGUACGGCACUCUCUUCCGCCUGCUUCAAUCCGCCAACCAUCAAGUGCAGCAGGCAGCGGACGAGCUCCUCAUGCUGCUGCCAACACACCGCGCCAUUCUUGACAAUUUCAUGAGCAUCCAGUCAGCGCCAUCAGCAGCCGAGGCUGCAACCAUUCUGACGCAUCUCCUGCGUCCCUCGCCACGCCUUGUUUAUACGCUGCAGGUGCUGGACGGGCUAUUGCUGCCUGUCAAUCGCCAGCCCUCGCCUGCCACCCUUCGCUUCCGAGCGAGCUUUCUCCAGUCCAGUGGCUUCAGUGCCCUCAUGUCAGUCUUUCAGACCCAAGCCCUGCCGCGUGCAACGGAUGACAGCACGAGGCGGAAGUGCUACAUGAGCGCCCUGCACAUUCUGAAGCUCCUGCUGUUUGGCGAUCACUUUGGUGGCGCCUCUAGCACAGCACCAGGCCUCUGGGAGGACUGCGAGGAGGAAGGCAGCGACGAGGAGCAGCUGCCAGAUGCCGCAUACACAGCCGCAGCAGCGGGUACUGUAGCAAGCACUAUAGAGAGCAUUGUGGGGAUCACUGUAGCGCGUACAGUGCCAGUGGCGGCCGCCCCUCUCCUUGCCACGGCACCUGGCAAUUCGUCUGAGCCAACCUGCCUCAUCCGGGCGGAUGGCACAGUGGUGGUUGCGGAAGCAAAGAGGGUGGGUGAGGGGAUGGACGAGGGGGAGGAGGAAGACGUGGAAGUACAGGACAUUAUUCUGGAUAACGGGGGACUCACUAUCAUGGAUGCGCCGUCUACCCUGCUGCCGGCUGAUUGGUCAGAGCUCACCAAUACCAUCAUGAUGCUCGCCUGGGCGGCAUCGAUUGGCUCUUUGCAGGCCAUGGCGUCACCCAAUCCGCAUGCAUUCGAUACUGCAGCAGCUGUUGCUCACCUAGCCCUGCAGUCUGGGCUAAAGCAGCGGGUGGAGCAGGCCGGCUCGGGGAAGAGGGGAGGGGCGGAGAGCGAUGAAUCAGAGGACGAGGAUGAUGAGGAGGAAGAGGAUGAGGACGGGGCGGAUUCACUGUUAUAUCCUGAUGAUGCGUGCCUGGCGAUAGAAGGAGCGGUGGUGCUGGUGAGUGUGGGGCUUGGGGGAGUGAUGGAGAGACGCUUGGGAGGCGGAUGA